CUGAACCGAGGAUUUUUAGUGUUUUUUAUUGUGUUUUUUUCCCCCAAAAUAAAGGUGAAAAAGGUCUAUAAAACCACUCGUUCACCCAAAAUAAAGGUGAAAACGUCUAUAAAACCACUCGUUCACCCAAAAUAAAGAAGAAUGGGUGACACAGAUGCUGAGGAGAGAGAGCAUUUCCAAAGAAUUGUCCAUGCUUUUAAAAAUUACAAAGGUUAUGCCCUUAAGAAAGUGAAGGAGAGGGAAAGCUACUUAAAGGAACUUCCUCCUAGACAUCAGUCAUUGCUGGAGUCCUACAAGCGUCACCUGGAGGAGCAGAGAACUUGCAUUGAACACAAUGCAGAGAUCAUCAAGCUUAUCAUUAAGGAUGUCGAAUGCAUGUUUGAAAACGUGAAGCAUGACUCUACAGAAGUGAAUGGAACACAAGCUAGCAGUGCCCUCAUUCAAGACAUGGAGAAGGUCAUGACCACCCUCAGGCAGAUUGUGCGAGAUUGGUCCUCCUCGGGGGAAUACGAGAGAAGUCAGUGCUACGGACCAAUUAUCUCACACAUUGAGCACCUGUUUCCAAGGGAGUCUGUGUGUACACAGGACAUCAACAUUUUAGUACCUGGAGCUGGCCUGGGCAGGCUUGCAUAUGAGUUGGCAAAAAGAGGCUACUCCUGCCAGGGAAAUGAGUUCAGUCUGUUUAUGCUCUUCGCUUCAAAUUUCGUCUUAAACAAAGUGAGAGGGCUAAACAGUUUACGUGUUUAUCCCUGGGUACAUUCUGGCAGCAACACCCUAAACAACGUAGACCAGCUUCGUGCAGCAACAUUUCCAGAUGUAGAUCCUUCAGACAUACCACCACAAUCACAGUUUACUAUGGCUGCUGGAGAUUUUCUUGAAAUUUACACAGAUGAAGCCACCUGGGAUUGUGUAGCAACUUGCUUCUUUAUUGACUGUGCCAACAAUAUUGUGGACUUUAUUGAGACCAUAUUUAAGAUUCUUAAGCCAGGAGGCUACUGGGUGAACCUUGGGCCUCUGCUGUACCAUUUUGCUGACCAGCCAGGAGAACGCUCUAUUGAACCCAGCUAUGAAGAAGUCAAAAACAUUCUGACAGGGGUUGGGUUUAAAAUUACUGUUGAAGAAACGGGGAUGCAUACAGCUUACACCCAAAAUGUGCGCUCGAUGCUAAAGUAUGAAUACGAUAGCGUCUUCUUUGUUGCCAUGAAACCUUAACACUGGCACUGUAGCAACAGAUGAAACAGCUGUCAGUAAUCUUUACAUAAUUUCAAAGAUGAUAGGAUAAAUGCAUCUCGAUUUUUUCUCUACUUUUAAUAUAUACUGAGAUACACAUAAAUCCCAUUGAUAUAAAGAGGAUGGCAAAGCAAACCUUUUUAUCUUAGUGUGAUACAGAAAUUUUUAAGUGAAUUUGCUACUGCCUAGGUUUUAUAAAGGUAGUUUAGAUAAUCAAUUUCUGAUAAUGAUGAAGUAAAGAGAUAAUGAACUUUACUACACUUUUGUUGAGCCUUAUUCAGCUAGAAAUAGAUGAACUUGCAAAAAACAAACAAACAUAUUCUAGGGGUUAGAAUUGGGCUGUAGAGAAUUCAAAUUAAAGAAAGUACAAUACAAGAGAAAGCAGUAUAUAAAGAAAAGCAAAGCAAAAGAUCACACUGGAAAUAGCAUUCCUGUCCAUGCACUUGGAACACAUUGCAGUUUA